AUGUAUUUUCUCAGGACUGUUUUAAAUGUCUCUAACAUCAUCAUUCAUCCUCCAGGCUUCUAUAUCAUUGGGUUUGAGACGUUUCCCUUCAUCAGUGUCUACUUUAUCUUUCUAUCGUUUGUUUAUGUGGUCACAGUGCUUGCCAAUUGUUUGGUGAUCUAUGUAAUUUGCUUUAAUCGUUCUUUACACACUCCAAAAUUGCUGGCUGUGGUAAACCUCGCAGUAAUUGAUGUUAUCCUGAACACGUGCACUAUUCCCAGCAUGAUAAAGAUAUUCCUUGUUAAAGACAACUUUAUUCCAUUUAACCUCUGUUUGUUACAAAUGUAUGUCUACUACGCUUUUAUAUCUUUGGAGUCAUAUGCACUUGCUAUACUUGCCUAUGACCGGUUGAUUGCAAUAUGUUUCCCUCUGCGUCACAACUCGAUCAACACAAUGCAAAGCAUGUCAUGGAUUGUCGGCGUGACUUGGUUUUUUGGUCUGGGAGUAACAUUAUUUACAACAAGUCUAAUGUCUCGACUGUCUUUUUGUAAUUCUGUCAGAGUGUUUAGCUAUUUCUGUGACUAUGCGCCUGUGUUCAGACUCGCCUGUAAUGAUUAUUCAAUGCAGUGGGCUUCAGUUUCCUUCCUUACUAUUUUGAUACUUGCAGUACCCUUUACUUUUAUUCUCCUGUCUUAUGUGAGCAUUCUGGCGACUGUAUUCAUGAUGAAAUCUUUAGACAGUCGGGUGAAAGCUCUGGCCACUUGUGUGGAGCAUAUCAUCCUUGUUGCUGUGUUUUACAUUCCUAUUCUUACCAUAUUUUGCGUUGGGUUUUAUCUGGGUCUGAUCGACCCAGACCAGCGUGUGCUGAGUCUGUCGUUGGCCUCUUGCAUCCCACCUUGUGUCAAUCCUCUCAUAUAUUCUUUGAAAACCAGAGAGAUCAAAAUCAGAGUUCUGGCAUUGGUAAGAAGAAAUACAAUUGGCACACAACCAACAAACCCCCCAAAAACAAUCCUUUUAGGGUUGAUAAAACACAGCACUAAAUAA